UUCCAAUAGAGGACCGGAGGAGUCCUAUUUGUUUAUUUAUUUAUUUUUUUAACUAAUGUAAAUCAGAAUGGGACAUUGGCAGUGUCUGAAAUAAACAUUUCGGGAGCAGUUAUACAUAACUAUUUCUUCUGUUUUGUCGGAAAAAUAAUAUUGGUAUACAUGGCUGUUCCGCUUCAGUGAAUCCUUUUCCUCCACUAAAGAGGUUUGUUGAGCAGCGGGCUAAGUGAGUUAGCUCCCAAGUCGAGUGCCGCCGAGCCACCUGUCACUUUAACAGCAUUUUUAAUGGCCCACAAUUAGAAUUCCAAAGCCUUAAGGCACUCGUCCACCUAUCAAAGCCGGUCGGCUAAUUCCCAGUGUAAAUGCCCGAAGCCGGACCGAGGAUGAAUGGCUUUUCUUUCAACGAACUGUGCUGGCUAUUCUGCUGUCCGCCUUGUCCCAGUCGCAUCGCGGCCAAACUAGCUUUCCUCCCUCCGGAGCCCACCUACUCUGUCCAUACCGAUGAGAACGGGGAAAGUAGCUUGCGUUUGGGCGAAAGGGCGGACUGGCAGUACUCCCAGCGCGAAUUGGAUGUGGUGGAGGUAUUCAGCACGAGAAGUAGUCGGGGCAACCGGGUACAAACUAUGUAUGUGCGCUGCGCGCCCAACAGCCGCUACACGUUGCUAUUCUCGCACGGAAACGCUGUGGACUUGGGACAGAUGUGCAGUUUUUACAUCGGCUUGGGCUGCAGGAUCAACUGCAACGUGUUUUCUUAUGACUACUCGGGCUAUGGCGUCAGUACUGGCAAGCCCUCUGAGAAGAACAUGUAUGCGGAUAUCGAGGCGGCCUGGCAGGUCCUGAGGAACAAGUAUGGAGUAACGCCAGAAAACAUCAUCCUAUAUGGGCAGAGUAUCGGCACCGUGCCCACCAUCGACCUUGCCGCCCGCUAUGAAUGCGCCGCUAUCAUCCUGCACUCACCACUCAUGUCAGGGCUACGAGUGGCUUUCCCCAACACUCGCAAAACCUACUGCUUCGAUGCUUUCCCCAGUAUUGACAAAGUGUCCAAGGUGUCAUCCCCAGUGCUGGUGAUCCACGGUACAGAGGACGAAGUGAUUGACUUCUCCCACGGCUUAGCUAUGUACGAGCGCUGCCCCCGUGCUGUCGAGCCCCUCUGGGUGGAGGGAGCGGGCCACAAUGACAUUGAACUGUACGUGCAAUACCUGGAGAGACUCAAGCAGUUCAUUUCCUUUGAGCUCGCCACAUCGUGAGCAGGCCAGCACAAACAGUCCGCCGUUCAAAUCCGCAGUCUUCUCCUUUUCCGCUUCCAACGUCAACCCCUUGCAUUAGCCAGAGCUGUAGCAAACAGAUCACAUGACAUUCCUGUGACUUUGGAGACAUAUUAGGAUUGGAAUGAAAGACAUACUGGAAGAGGACGUGUUAAAGGGCUUGUUAACAGCCAGGUUAGGUGUACCCUUGAAACUCAGCAAACCUCACGCUUGUAUACAGUAUGUGGACGUGAUUUGACAAAGACCCUGGGUCAAGACUGUUUGCUUCUGCUUGUCAGUCUCUGUUCAUGUCCCACUUAAGAUCAGUUUCCUUCCUUUUUUUUCAACCACAAAAUUUAGCCUGUCAUAAAUAAUUCUUCUGAGUUUAUACUGUGACGUCUGCCUGCUGAGAGUGUCUAACACGAUCAAACUUGAUUUAUCUAUUCUUUUAUAAUGGGAACAAACAGAAUCAUUUUUACACCUUUAGUAACAAUUCAAGUUUGUACAUGUUUUGUAUUCUUGAGUUUAUUUUUGAGCAAGCAAACGCACAUUUAUUGUGCGUCUAUUUUCAGGAAUUGUAUUCACUGUGACCUCCUUCAAGCAUUCCAGAUUUUUUUGCUUUGUUUUGUUUUUGAGAGUCCUCUCCCCCUUUUUUUGGAAAUCAAAAGGAUCUAUUACAUAUCUAAACUUUUACACUUUGUGGAUUUGUGAAGCCCUAAUAACUGCUAAUCGCUUGGUCCAAGAAGAAGGUACAUCCAAAAAAUGUAUGUCAACAAGUCAACAACAUCAAUGAUUUUGAGAAACGUCAAAGCUUGCUUUACCAAAAUAGAGCAUUAGGGGCUACUUUAUUUAAUUCAAUUCAAUUCAAUUCAAUUCAAUUUGUAUAGCCCUCAAUCACAACAGAGGUCUCAAAGGGCUUUACAGAGGCAAUAUGAUACACAAUUAGAAAUGAAGCAACAAAGAUGAAUAGAUACAGUUCAAGUCCUGGGUAUCCCCUAUCCUUAAGACCCUCCAUGCCGGCAAGGAAAAACUCCAAAAACUUUCAAUUGGGAGAAAAAUGAGAAACCUUGGGGAGUACCACAGUCAGGAGAGAUCCACUCCCAGGACGGAUAGACAGGAACCCCAGAACGGCUAAUGGGAAUUAGCAAGCGAAAUUGUAGUCCGUAAAAAUACAGUGGAGUAAAGGAGCAAGAAGAGGUCCCUCUGGUCAGAUGAGACGGGGGUAGCAGCGAGGACGUCAAUCCAGCCAGGGGUCCGGACAGUCAGGAGGCUGCAGCUGAAAAAUAGCCCCUCCCCAGAGGGGAGGGGGGAAAGGGGACACCGGGUGACUAGUGAUGAAGAGACUAGACAACUAGAUAUUAACAUUGGAAAAUAGAAAUAAAGUAAGACAAGUGGUAGGUAGAGUAAGAAAAGGAGAUAGAACUCAGCGGCUGUACUGCCCCCAGCAUUAUAGCUUCUAGUGCAGCUUAAACUAAACUAAAAUUUAAAGAUCAUGCACUGCUUAAGAUUUACGGCUAGGGAUAAUGAAGAAGGGAGUAUUUUUCUUGUUUUUUUUCCCACAUACUUCUACCUUUACAUUCCAAGUCUUUUUCUCACACAGGUCCCGGAAACCUUGGAGAAACAGGGUGGCUGUUUUUGUUUUAGAUGCUGUCAGUAUAACACUGUGAAAGAUGGCGAAAAACAAUGAAAUAUUUAAAAGCUACUGAAGCUGGUAUGUACUGUAAAAAUGUCCACUACCAUCUUUGUCAGCACGUGUCCUAGACUGAUUAUGCACUAGGCCUGAGCAAUAUCGGGAAAAAAUUUACACUGCUGGCCAAAAGUAUUGGCACCCCCGCAUUCUGUAGAUAAUGCUCAAUUUCUUCCAGAAAAUGAUUGCAAUUACGAAUAAUAAUCAUUUAUUUUGCUUGCAAUGAAAAAACACAAGAAAAUGGGGGAGAAAUUUAAAUCACUAUCAUUUUUGUCAAAUUUUAAAAAUGGGCCAGACAAAAGUAUUGGUACCCUUUGAAAAAUCGUGACGCUUCUCUAAUUUGUGUAAUUAACAGCACCUAUUACUUAACUUUGGCACAUAACAGGUGGUGGCAAUAACUAAAUCACACUUGCAGCCAGUUAAAAUGGAUUGAAGUUGACUCAACAUCUGUCCUGUGUCCUUGCGCGUACCACAUUGAGCAUGGAGAAAAGAAAGAAAGCCAAAGAACUGUCUGAGGACUUGAGAAGCAAAAUUGUGAGGAAGCAUGGGCAAUCUCAAGGCUACAAGUCCAUCUCCAAAGACCUGAAUGUUCCUGGGUAUACCAUGCGCAGUGUCAUCAAUAAGUGUAAAGCCCACGGCACUGUGGCUAACCUCCCUAGAUGUGGACGGAAAAGAAAAAUUGAUGAGAGAUUUCAACAAAAGAUAGUGCGGAUGGUGGAUAAAGAUCCUUGAAUAACAUCCAAACAAGUUCAAGCUGUCCUGCUGUCCGAGGGUACAACACCCUACUAUACAUCGGCGUCUGAAUGAAAAGGGACUCUAUGGCAGGGUACCGAGGAAGACCCCACUUCUGACCCAGAGACACAAAAAAGCCAGGCUGGGGUUUUUCAGAACUUACCUGAGAAAGCCAAAAAUGUUUUGGAAGAAUGUUCUCUGGUCGGACAGUCAAACUUGGCAGAGGAUCGGUGAUUUUCUGGGGUUGCUUUGCUGCCUCUGGCACUGGACUGCUUUACAUUGUGCAUGGCAUGAUGAAGUCUGAAGACUACCCACAAAUUUUGCAGCAUACUGUAGGGCCCAGUGUGAGAAAGCUUGUCUCCCUCAGAGGUCAUGGGUCUUCCAGCAGGACAAUGACCCAAAACACACUUUAAAAAGCACUAGAAAACGGUUUGGGAGAAAGCACUGGAGACUUCUAAAGUGGCCAGCAAUGAGUCCAGACCUGAAUCCCAUAGAACACAUUUGGAGAGAUCUGAAAAUGGCACUCUUCAAAUCUCAGAGACCUGGAGCAGUUGCCGAAAGAACAAUGAUCUAAAAUUCCAGCAGAGAAUUGUAAGAAACUCAUUGAUGGAUAAUGGAAGCGGUUGUUUGCAUUUAUUUGUCUAAAGGUUGUGCUACCAAGUAUUAGGCUGAAGGUGCAAAUACAUUUUUGCAGCCCAUUUUUGGAGUUUUGUGUAAAAUGAUAAUGAUUUUUUUUUUCAUUCUGUUGUGUUUUUUUCAUUGCAAUCAAAAUAAAUCAAGAUUUUCUGGGAAAAAUUGAUCAUUAUCUGACAGAAUUGCAGGGGUGCCAAUACUUUUGGCCAGCAGUGUAUUGAGAUAAUUAGAAGAAUUUUCAACCGAUAACUUGAAUAUCUCUGUUUGGGAUUGGCCUGAUCGAUAUUGCAAAAAAAACAAAAAACAUUGCAAUAUAUACUCUAUUGCCAAGACUCCGCACUUGGUUGCAGUGGUGCACUUUUUUCUUAAGGUGCACCAGCACAAAAUGUAGGUGCGCACACAUUUUUCAUUGCAUCAUCUUUAACGUCAUACUUUUAAUCACCCUCCAUAAUGUUCAUCUUCGUUGUCGUAGGGAUGCUGGAGUCUAUCGCAGCUAACACUAGGCAGAAAGCGGGGUAUACCAUGAGCUGGUUGCCAGCCACUUUCAGUGCACAUAUAGACACAACCAUUCACGCCUACUAGUGUUCAAUUAACAGGAACUUCGAGAAAACCCACGCAGAAAGGCAACAGCCCUCAUUGAACCCACAAUCCCAGAACUGUGAGAUGUACGAGUUAACCCUCGUAUUGUGUUGGGGUCAGAAAUGACCCGUUUUUUAAAAUUUUCUGAUGCAAAACUCAGUGGUACUUUUGACAUACCCAAAAUUGAAAACGGGUCUAUCUUGACCUGAAAACAAUAUACUGCAAAGGUUUAGUAUUUUCAGGCCAAGUUAAUUUACAGAUCAAAUUUAAUUCACUCGCAAAAAUAUGAGCUACUUUCUAACACAAGACAAGGGCUAACCACUGUGCCACCGUGCCACCUUCAUCAUCUUAAUUAUUUUUAAACAACAAUAACUUAUAAAAAUGUCUAGUCUUUAUUAAUUGCUUCAUUGAGUGAGUCCACUCUGCCUCUCACACCUCCCUCCAGCUAAGCAGUGCGACUAAAUAGUUUUUUCUUGGUCAACAGUGCUACCAAAUAACUUUUUCUUGGUCAACAGUGCAACUAUGUUUGGUACCUAAAGUUAACGAUGAUUGACAAAUUUGUAGCUUUUAUCUUGCCAUAUACGGUUCAGUGUCUCUACGGUCAACGGCACAGAUGUGUCAAUCAUCUUUAAAUGUAUAAGUGUACUGUGUCAACUCAUUGUGUAAGUGAGAGGCUGUUCUCAGCAUCGUGAGUGGAUUUGAGUGGACUCACUCAGUGAAGCAUUUAAUAAAGACAAGUAUUUUUCUACAUUAUUCUUGAAGGUGGCAUGGUGGGACAGUAAUAUUUCUGGAACUUUUGUUAAAAUUCGGUAUGAGAUCAGGACUCUGAUUCUCAAAAUCUGGUGACUCGGACACGGGUGCAGAAAUAUGCGUUCGGGACAACCCUAUUACUGAUUAAAUGUAACACAUUACUACCCACCUCUAGUAACAAGCUAUGGUAACAAGUUGACAUUUAGCACUCCAGUGGAGAGUGGUUUGAGCAUAGUCAGUGCACACGCCUACUAAUGGCCUUAUUUUUCCCCAUUUUGAAACCCUAUUAAAAUUUGUUUUCUUAAUUCAAAUUUGGCGGGUUCGUUAAAGACACUUUUCCAUGACCUAAGCAAUUUAUAAAUGUUGACUUCCACUGGAGUGUCCUUGUUGAAAUCUGACUCCAAAAGACAUGAGAACAAAAGUUUAAGAGAUAGACUUUUCCUUCUGGUGGCCGUUUUGAAGGGUCAGUGUUUAUUCUUUUUUUUUUUUUUUUUUUUUUUUUUAAAUUUGCCCUAAAAUAAGUGUUAGUCAAUGAAAUAACAUCUUCCCAAAACUAGGGAUUAGGAUGAUGGCACAAAGAAGUAAAAUGCUGAAUAGUGUUGAAAAUGUGAAGUCAUGUUUGAAGGGAUACAAAUCAACCCUGAUCGUAAUUUGACAAAUGAUUUGUCCUUAUAUUAACGUUGUUUGCCUAGUCUUUUUUUUUUUUUCCCUCUCUCCUUUGGUUGUGCUUUUAAUUUGUUUGAUGACCCCACUUUUUUUAGUUUGAAUAGCUGUUUUGAUACUUGAUAUUUCUACAAAUUGUAUUUUAAAUGUCACUAGAUUGAUAGCCUACAAAGUACCAUGUCAAUAUCUUGUGAAGUAAUACUUUGUUCUGCCUAGUCUCACUGACACUGGAAUCACUUAUGCAAAUAUAGAUCAAACGACACCAGAAAGAGUAGAUUUUGUUCAUAUUUUAAAGAAAUGUAAAAUGCCUUAAACAGAUUUUGAAAUAAAAAAAGAGAAAAGAAAGAAAAACAAUGUAUGUUUAAAUGCUUUGAAAAAUAAAGACUGCAAGAAAAUGGAUGAUUGAUUGAAAUGUUUCACUGUACUGGAAUUAUUUUGGAACUUCAUUUCACCUAACUCGGGGGUCGGCAACCAGUGUUUUGAGAACCGCAUGCGGCUCUUUAGCGCUGCCCUAGUGGCUCCCUGGAGCAUUUUCAAAAAUGUUU